UGCGCGCUGCUUGCUGGGGAAAUUUCCAAAGGAACUAAUAAAAGUCACUGAUUUUGGGCACGUACACGCGAAGCGCAUCAUGCGGGUAUGCAGCAUGCAUGCUUUGUUUGUCAACAACACGUCAAAUUCGGUGUCACACUUUUUGAUUGCUUCUCCAUGCUCGGAAACGAUAGAACUUCUGCGGUUUUGCUAAGCCUAAGGACCGGAAAAUGCUGAAGUUAGUUUCAAGGUGCUACAUUUAAAGAACAUGGUGAACAUGUAGAUUUUGGUUUUUAAAAGUUUGAUAAUGGCAUUCUCUUCAACAAGUCACCAAAUUGGGUGUUGGUGCAGCAAGCAGUAAAUGUCACAAUGUGUGCUGAGUGCAUAAAAAGAGCAAUAUUUCAUCAUCAUCAUCAUCAUCAUCAUGGAGGUACAAAAACUGAGCAUUUCAUUGGCUGACUGGAUGCAAGUGCAACUCUGUAUUAAGAUUUUGACAUUUCCAGUAGUUUUUUUGUUGUAGAACCAUUAUAAAUCGCAAUAAUGAGUACCGAAAUCACGGUGAUCGGAGUCUACGAAUCCGCCGCUGCAAUCGGCAGAGAUUUAGAGAAACUCAUUGAUGCGGUCGGGAGUGACUUGGUGGCGGAGGUGAUGCCCAAAGUUAUUAGCGUCCUUGAGCAACUGGAGACGUGCGUAAAACAACGGGAAAAUGAGAACAGCGAACUGCACAAGAUGCAGGAAGAGUUGAGACGGGUGAAGCAAGAGGGUGCUAUUGCAUCUGAAGAUAACCUGCGACUGAUCGUGAAUGUGAAGGAGCUUGACGCACAGAGGCAGAAGGAGAUCCGAGAUUGGAUGGCAAUGGCUACUGAACUGCAGAGCGAUAAUCAAAGGUUGAAAUCACAGCUCAGUGAGAAAGAAGGAAUCGUCGACAGAGAAAAGGCUCAUGAGAAGGAGGCUUUACAGGUUCUUUACCAGCUCAAGGAGACUGUGGAUGCUCAAAGAGAUCUUGUAAGAACCAAAGAUGAUGAGCUUAGGACAAGAACACUGGAGGUUGAUGCUUUGCAGCAACAUGUUGAUAGAUUGGCGACCGUGACCGCCAACCUCAGACGUAAAAAUGAACUCCUCAACGCCAUGGCCAAGAACUUCAUCCAAGAGAAGUCAGAACUCCAGUCCAAGCUAAGCGCAAUCGGUAAGGAGACGUCGGCAGAGCAUCAAGGGACUGGCAGUAGAGACGGCGUCAUCAAAGAGGGUCUUCAGAAGAGUGCUGAGGAUGGUGCUACUGGAAUGGUCCCACCUGCUUCUAAUGAGGAGCCUAUGAACAUGAAAGGCAAGAUGAUCAUCGACCUGUCCGAUCCAGAUAGACCUCGCUUCACAUUGCAUGAACUCCAGACUGUCCUAGCAGAGAGAGAUGAACUCAAGUUGGACGUCAUGGAGUUAGAAGAUGAACUAGAGCAGUACAGACCCAAACGAGAUGAUGGACAUUCAAGUGAGGCUGACAGACAAGAGAGGAGAGGCUCAAAUGCAAACAAGAACAAAGGGGAGCCGUCGGGCAUCAAGAAAUUGUUUUCCUUUCUCUUCCGCAAAAAUCCCUCGAAGUCAACUAGCACCAGCCUGGAGGAAAAUACCUUUUUGGAAAAGCCGGCCAAAGGAUCACAUCUGACACUUCCCGCCGAUAUUGAUCAGAGGUCACGAGCUCUCUCGGGUCCGGCACCUGCAUCCAUCGAAGUCCAGGAGGAAUCCCUAUCCAGGGAACAACGAUCUCGCAGCUACCAUGGACCCCCUAUCAAGCUUCUAGAGAAGAAUACCUCUAGGCAGCAAGAGAUGACAAUGGUUGUAAGGACGGACAGCGAUAAUUUAGUGGAGCUCGGCCAAGACAUGACGUCGAUGUUCAAUCAAAAGCGCCAGGACGCUGUCCGCACAACUGUUUUGGUAGAUAUAACCCCUGUCCCAACGGUUUUAGGAAGUCGCAAUUCCCAACCCGCCAGUCGCAAUAAUUGUAAUAACAGCAACUCAGAUGUCAGUUGUGAAGAGGUAGCCUACCCAACGGCGACUGGGGCGGCUACAGGUCAAGGGUCAAAUAUAAAGGUUCUAGUUGAUAACAACGAAAAUGAGAAUACAGAAUUUGAAGUUUAAAUUGUUUUAAACAAAUGUACUAAUCAAAAAAUGCCGCAAUAUAUACUUAAGUUUUUUUUUAAGAACAAAGUACUUAAAUUUUAAAAUUCAUGUGAUGUUUUUGAAAUAUUCUAUUAACAGUUUUAUUAUUUAAAGAAAUUUUGAGUUUUAAAUGAUGUAUGAAAACCACAAAUUGAGGAAAACCAUAAUACAUAAGGAAUAUAACCACAAACUCACUUGCCCGAGGCUCCGUUCUGAUGUGGGAUUCAAAACCAAAUGAACAGAAAUGAACUAGAGCCUUGCCUCGACAUACGUGUCUUUUUUCAAGAGUAAAAAGUUUUUGGAAUUCUCAUGAUGUUCCCGCCUUCCGUUCUGAAGCUACUUACCUAGUCUCCUCACUCGUAUUUGAAUCCUUAUUGAUAAAUACAGUACUCUUGCGUCAAAGAAGAGAAUUAAUGGACCUUCAUUAUGUGGCCAUGGUGUUUUUUUCUCUCAUACAAAACACUGUUUCCCAACUGAGGCUGGAGCCGGGGAAUCAGAAUAGUCUGGCCCCUUUCAUAUUAUAAGAAUAAGUAUUCGGUAUUGUUAUUAUACACAAGAAACUCGACACAUACGAUGGACGUCUGAUUGGGGCUGUUACCUGUACAUGUACUUCUAUAAUAUAAUACCACAUGCCUCUGAAGAAGGUCUGGUUUGGAUCAAAAGCUAA